UGGGUCUCGGGCCCUGAACAACGAGAUGUUGUUUCUCCGGGCGGCCCUGCCUCCGGGGUCUUCCUCUCCACCUCCUCCCGCCCCCGGUCGGGGGCGUGGCGGACGCGCUCUGAACUCGCUCGGGACCCGCUCCGGACCUGCUGGGCUGGUUCCUGGGGCUGGACAGAAAUGCUGCCCCUCAGGCGCCCUGCGGGCGUGGACUCCUGGCCCUGUAGUGGGAGAAAAGCGGCCAGUCGGGGCGUGUGGAGGACCGCGGCAGGUGACGAGGCGCCGGGCCCCUUCCGGAGCUGUCGGGGGUCGCCACGCCCUUUUCAGGGCAGACUACUGGAAAUCACAACCAAAGAAAUUCUGUGAUUACUGCAAGUGCUGGAUAGCCGACAAUAGGCCUAGUGUUGAAUUUCAUGAAAGAGGAAAAAAUCAUAAGGAAAAUGUGGCAAAAAGGAUCAGUGAGAUUAAACAGAAAAGCCUGGAUAAAGCAAAAGAAGAAGAAAAGGCAUCAAAGGAGUUUGCUGCAAUGGAAGCAGCUGCCCUUAAAGCAUACCAAGAGGAUUUGAAAAGGCUUGGCUUGAAGUCAGAAAUUUCAGAACCAAGCAUACCACCAGUAACCAGCACUGUCCCACCCACGCCUGCACCAAAACAACAAAAAGAAAAGAAAAAACGAAAAAAAGAAAAAGAUCCUUCAAAGGGCAGUUGGCUAGAAGGUGUAACCUCUGAGGGUCAUCAUUACUAUUACAAUCUUACCACAGGAGCAUCUCAGUGGGAGAAACCUGAAGGAUUUCAAGGAAACUUAAAGACAGGGAUGAAGACCGUUUGGGUAGAAGGUUUAAGCGAGGAUGGUUAUAAAUAUUAUUAUAAUACAGAAACAGGAGAAUCCAGAUGGGAGAAACCUGAUGAUUUCAUUCCACGCACUGGUGAUGUGCUUUCCAGUAAGGCUGGUAAAUUUCUUCCUACUGUAGAAGAGUCCAAAUCAUCAGAUUCACAUAGUGAUUCCGAUAGGGAAAAGGAAGCAGAAGAGGAAGUCUCUACAGAAACAAAAAGACCAAAAAUAAAGUUUAAGGUGAAAAGCAAAAAUAGUGAUGAAAGAACUGACUCAGAAACACAGAAAGAAAAAAGUAUUCCAAAAAAGAAUUCAUCAGGUCUAAAUAAAGAAAAAUCCAGAACUCUUAAAAAACCAAACCCAUAUGGAGCAUGGCAAGAAAUUAAAGAAGAAGUUGAGUCUCAUGAGGAUGUAGAUCUGGAACUUCCAAGUACUGAAAAUGAGUAUGUACCAACUUCAGAAGCUGAUGUUGGUGGGGAACCCAAAGUGGUAUUUAAAGAAAAAACAGUUACUUCUCUUGGAGUUGUGGCAGAUGGAGUGGCCUCAGUUUUCAAAAAGAGAAGAAUUGAAAAUGGAAAACCUAGAAAUUUAAGGCAACGAGGUGACGAUCAGUAAUUGUAAAAAAAAAAAAACUUUUUAUAAAUGCUUUUUGGACAGAAUGGAGACUUACACAUCUUAAAGCUCCUCUGUGUUUAUUUCUAAGUACUUUGAUGGUGAAAAUCUAGACUUAUUCUAAAUGUAUUUUAUGUGAAUUAAAAUAAAUCUUUUUUCAUGUGAAAUUUAUUUCAGCUCCUAAAAUGGAAGCCUACCACAUUGCAGUGUAAUACAGUGUAUUAUGUUCAUGUCUAAAAUUGCUGAUGAUGUCAUAAUUUAAGAUGCUAUGUAUCUGUUAUUUAAAAUUUAGAAAAAUAAGGCCUUUGUUCCAUCUUACUAAUACGAAUAUACUUAUCCUGCAUUGAAAAUGCAGUUACAGCGCCAGCCUGUGACCUAGUGGUUAGGGUGACUGAAUCCCACAUGGCCAACCAUGCAGUUUGAGUGCUAGACCCUUCUGCUUAAGAAACAUGCCAGGUACAUAUGUAUG